GCCCCUGGCCGUGCCGCCGCCGCCGCCGCGGGGCGAUCUCCAAGCGGGGAUCUCCAAGCGCUGCUCGGCUCGGCGGCGGGCCAGGAGGGGAGGGUCCGGCCUUGCCCCGCAGGCGUCCAUUGGUGGCUUCCCCCGGGCCUCCGCGCCAUGCCUCCGGCCGUGUGAGCCUCCGCGGGCUCCGGAGCCCGCAGGUGCCCGCGGGCGCGCCAGGCCCGGCUGGGGAGGGGGCGCUGCACUCGCCAUGCUGCGAGGGCCCCGGGCCCUGGCUCCAGGCGCCGGGCCGCCCUCGAAGGGACUACCCGCGAUGAGCCCUACUGAGCUGUGGCCGCCCGGCCUCAGCAGCCCCCAGCUCUGCCCGGCCACCGCCACCUACUACACCUCGCUGUACCCGCAGACUGUGCCUCCCACUGCGGCGCCCGGCACCUGCCUCGACGCCACCCCCCACGGACCGGAGGGCCAAGCUGUGCGAUGCGUGCCGGCUGGCCGGCUGCCGGCCAAAAGGAAGCUGGACCUGGAGGGGAUCGGGAGGCCAGCAAUCCCUGAAUUCCGGACUCCCAAGGGCAAGUGCAUUAGAGUGGAUGGCCUCGCCAGCCCCAGAACACCCAAGUCCCCCGGAGAGAAGACUCGGUAUGACACGUCACUGGGGCUGCUCACCAAGAAGUUCAUUUACCUCUUGAGCGAAUCCAAGGAUGGGGUCCUGGACCUGAACUGGGCCGCCGAGGUGCUGGAUGUGCAGAAACGGCGCAUCUAUGAUAUCACCAAUGUGCUGGAGGGUAUCCAGCUCAUCCGUAAGAAGGCCAAGAACAACAUCCAGUGGGUAGGCAGGGAAAUGUUUGAAGACCCCACCCGGCCCGGGAAGCAGCAACAGCUGGGGCAGGAGCUGAAGGAGCUGAUGAGCACGGAGCAGACCUUGGACCAGCUCAUUCAGAGAUGCUCUCUGAACUUCAAGCACCUGACUGAGGACAAGGCCAACAAGAGUACACUGGCCUAUGUGACUUACCAGGACAUCCGUGCCGUUGGCAACUUUAAGGAGCAGACGGUGAUCGCAGUCAAGGCCCCUCCACAGACAAGACUGGAAGUGCCCGACAGGAGGGAGGAGAACCUGCAGAUAUAUCUGAAGAGCACCCAAGGGCCCAUCGAAGUCUACCUGUGCCCAGAGGAGGUGCAAGAGCCAGACAGUCCUGCCAAGAAGCCCCUCCCCCCGACCUCCACCCUUGGCCCCAGCCCUGACGCCACCCAGCCCAGCAGCAGCACUGACCCUGGGAUGACAGAACCCAUGGCAUCCCCAGGGCCAGCGCUGACUCCCCAGCAGGUCCCGCAGCCGCCAGCGCCCCCGCCCCUGCCGCUUGUACCGCUGGAGGCCACCGACAGCAUGCUGGAGCUGCCGCACCCACUUCUGCAGCAAACCGAGGACCAGUUCCUGUCCCCAAGCCUGCCAUGCAGCUCUCCCCUGAUCAGCUUCUCCCCGCCUUUGGACCAGGACGACUACCUGUGGGGCCUGGACGGGGGUGAGGGCAUCAGUGACCUCUUCGACUCCUACGACCUUGGGGACCUGCUGAUUAAUUGAGUGGCCCUGCCUGCCCCCAGCAGCCCGCCCCUGGCUCUACCUCCUCGCAGACUGACAGGCCCUCUGCUCGUGCCGGGACGUGGGACACAGGUGCUGCCCUUGGGGCCCGGGGUCUCUUCUCUUUCUUACCCCCAAGCCAGCCCAAGCUGUCUCGGCCGGGGGUACAUAGAGGAUUUGGGUGAGGAGUGUAUCAGGGGUUGGGUCCUCUCUUUCCUCGUGGAAGCUGGGCCUGGGAAGGCCCAUCCAGCUUCUGACCUCUGACCUCUACACGAAGGGCCACAGGUGAGGCAACCAGGUCCAGGGAAAGGCCCUGCCCCUGCCUUUCAGGGGGGAAUUAGGACCCUGAGUUUAUCAAGAAGCACUUAAUGCCUUUGUAUUUAUUUCAGGUUGAGUUUUGUUUGUUUGUCUUCCCUGAGUUUUUAGCAGGGAGAUCGUUCUAGUUUCUAGUAAGGCUUCUCAGACGGGCCCAGUGCUGUCCAUGGUCCGAGGGCAGGCCAGGUCCCCGAUUUUCCCGUAGCAGUGGGCCGGGUCUCUGGGGGGCCGUCCAGUCUGCUAGAACGCUACUUGCACUUCGGCCUCGUAAUUCUAGUAAGUGGUGGCUGCAGGCCCUUUGGCUUCUCCUGCUUUUCAUCUCCAGCCGAGGUGCCAGCCUUGAAUUCCUGGUCUCCUCUGUCCAGAGAUGGUUGCAGGGAGCUCCAUUCCAGGGGAGGUGGCACUGAGGCUCCAGGUGUGGAGACCCACUUCUAUGGAAUUCCCUACCUCUCCGUCCCCUUAGAACAUGAAAAACGACCCUCCAGGGAGUCAGCACUGAACCCCUCCCUACCCCGCCCGGGGGGAACAGGGAUAGGAAUGUGGAAGCAGUUAUAAGGGCUGUCUAGGGCACCUUUCCUCCAUUUGUGACACUUGCUUGGGACAGGGGCUGUCUUACACUGAGCACCUGGGAGGGAGUGGAGGCCCCCGAAUAGAGACAGGUGGGAUUAAAGCGAGAAACUGCCAGAAAGCACCCCUUCUGUUAACUGCUGGUAUCAUCCUCCCCUUCCCUGGAAGGAUUUUUUGUUUAUUGAAGGGAGUAAUUCUUUAAGGAUCUCCUCUCCCCCCAGCAGCUCUCACACAGACCUCCCCCCAACCCCACCACCCCAGGACAGAGGUGACCAGGACUUGGUGGCAUUUUGGCUCCUUUUGUCACGGGAGUGCGGAAGGGCUGACAGGGAGGAAUCUUCAUUGCAGACCAGACCUUGGCAGCUGAUGGGGAGAUGGGCUUAUGUCACCUCCUCAGGCUUAGGGUCCUGAGAAAGUCUGUUGCCCUCCCCCACAGAGACUUGACCAUCCCACAGUGUCUCUGAAGCCCACUUGGGUGUGGGGGAGGGGGUCAGCUCUCCUCCCCGCCCAACCUGGGGCGGGGCUACUCUGGGCCGCCGCGAGACUGUGCCCUCUGGAGAGAGGCAGCCAGGGAUGGUGGUCUAAGAGGCCCACCACCCACCCUCAGGGAGCUAGGUUUCCUCAGGGGCUCAGCUGGGCAGCACUUUUUUUUUUUUUUUAAGUUUGUAGCAUUAAGUUGGUUUUAAAUAUGAAGUUGGCCUCAUGGGAUGGCUCCUGAGCUGCCCUAAAGCUGGGGAGGUGGGCUUCUUUGGGGGUGGGGUCUGAUGUGAGCUAAUGCCCACAUGGAGACAGUUGUGCCUUGUCAUUUUCACAACUUCCCGGGGCCCUAACUGUGCCCUCUCAGGAACAGGUGCCCAGCUCUGGAAACAGGGCAAAUUUUGUAUGCUUUACGGAGAUGCUUUUGGUCUCCUCUCCCCAGACACUUACAGGGGUCUCAUCAGAAGCCUAUUUGGAAGCCCACUAUGUCUAGGGUCAAGGGACUACCUUGGCCCUUGGGCAGGGGACAGGAAUGUUGCAUGGAAUCUGGUUGGGGGCAUGUGGGGCCAAGAUGGCCUUGCUGUUCUGAGGUCUCUGGGCUGCCAUUUAGCCGUGUCCCAUCUCUGAAGACAGAGAUGUUUGACUUCCAUGCCUUUGGUUCUGUCUAGAGUUUUCUCCCAGAAUCAAAUCAGAGAAAAGGGAGAAGAGGCCUGCAGGACUCACCGGGAAUGGGUUUAAGAGUAAAAUCUGGCCAGAGUUCAAGCUCCUUCCCCAAAUGCAGGGCCACAGUGCUGGACAGAGGGGCUGCCUCUUGGGUCCAUGGCCUGUACCCUGAGCAGGCUGACCCUCUUCUGUGCUAUCCCCUCCAGACCCUGCCUGGCCCUGGGGCUGGACUGCCCAGGCCAAGCCUCAGGCUGGGGGCAGAGGAGUGACAAGCUCACACCUCUUUUUCUUGCCAGUGACAACUUGAAACAUCUCAAGAGUUCCAUCAAGUGCUUUAAGAAUGCCUUUUGGAUGGUAUUUCCUUUAGGGGCCGUGUAAACUUUAGAACUAGGGUGGAAGAAAAGCCACUUUUCUUUCUGAGGUACGUUAUUUCUGCCAGGACAUUUCCCAGCCCACCAGCGGCCCCCAAGUCACCCGUGUCCCCCGGGGCACCAGAGGCUUGGGGGCUCCAGGGAACUCAGUAGCAUUAAGUUGUGCAGUAGAGUUGGAGGUUCGGAGAGAUUUCUUAAAACCAGGGCCAUGCUCCCAUGUCCCUUCCCAUGAAAAGUGUUCGCUAGACCAGUGUGGUGCCCUUUCUCUGCAGCAAUGCUGUGGUUGGACUGGUGUCCCUGUGGGAGGACGAGGAGGACGGUGAAGCUCAGAAAGCUGGUUCUGGGAGGGUUUUGCUUGACUUUCCCUCCCCGAGUGUCCUCAGCCCCAGUUUUGCAGUGUUUAGUUCCUAGUAAAAGCGUUUGGGUGUUCCUACAUCUGAGCGUCGUGUGGCUUUAGUGCAUUUGAAGUGAAAGCCUUUUGGGGUUGUUUGCAAACAGCUGUCUGGUUCUCAUCAUUGUGUCCACGGUCCCCACCUCAUCCUGGGACCCUGUUCUCCCACAAGGACCCUUGGUGACCAGAAGCCCAGCCAGCCUGCAGGCUCCUGGAUGAGGGAAGAAGCCUUGUGUAUGGCAGAUGUGUCUCGAGGGUGAUUAGGCCCAAGGGCACCUGGUCCCUGUGCCAGGACCCUAUACAGGUCACUUCCCUCUGGUCUGGUUUUGCCCCAGGUCCUGCCUUGAUGAGCACCGUGUAAACCUCCUUGUGUUGUGAUAAUCGGGCAUUAAAUGACAACUCUGGACACCUUGA